UCGCUGAGUUUGAUGGAAUGAUCACACUUUAAAUUUGACGUUCAACUCAAGCAAUAAUGCUCUCCACAGGCGCAAAUUCUCAUAACGACCAACAUUCUAUUAUUCCUCCAAUCUCACACACAUACACAUACUAUGAAAAUUCCAAAAAUUAUUCGCAUUCCAACAAUUGAUUGCGAUCAGUUUUCAUUCGCAUUGCUGCAAACCUCAACGUCACUGCUCCUCUGCUGCCGCCUUUCUCAUUCGUUUUCUGUUUUUCACCGACCCCAUUUUCCGUGUGUCGCCCUUGAUCUUCCAACAAUUCGGAGAGGAAAGGAAUUAAAAAUCAAGGAAGAAAAUCCUCGUCUGCGUCCUUCACUAGAAACUAGCUGCACCCGUGUUGCGGAGGUUGUUGGUGGAAAAUGAAAGGUGAAAUUGUGCGCCUUGUGUCCGGUAUAUGUCCCUCCCGAACGUGAUUCCUUUUGCUUGAUGCGAUUUGGAUAUUUGAAGGCUUUUGUUUGAAGAAUUAUAGAAAUAAAAAAAAAAAAUAUGGGUUCCUGGUUUCUGGUGCCAAAGUUGUGAUUUUGCUGCUACCUAUAGUGAUUGUGGGAUUCUUGGGUUGUGCGUAUUUUUUGUGUUUAAUGAUUGGAAUUCAGUGCGUGAUCGAGAUUUUUCUUCGCGAUGGAGGUUAAGCGAGAUGUGGGCGGCUGGUAUUUGUUUUGGGUUGGGAAUUGAUUACUGGGUUCGGUUGCAAGAAUUGAUUUCUGGAAAGUUUCUUGGCGUUCUUCAGUGGAUUUCAUUAAAGAUCGAAUAUUAUUGGCAAUUUCGAUGAUUUUUAGUUCUGUUAAUUGAAAAGUAAAAUUUGCUCAUGCAUGAUUAUUGAUGUACCGCGUAAGAUGUGUUUUAGUUUGGACGGAAUUGUAUCCUUGUGAAUAUUUUUGGUUGCCGGAGAGCUCAAUUUGUGCCAGUACACCACUUUUCAUAGGAUUGUCAAUGCUAGGAUAGAAAUGGUGAAAGUAGAUUAAGAGGAUGGUUAGACAUAUCCCUUCCCAAAUUCUCCAUCAGCUUCCUCACUCUCCACCUCCUAGUGCACAUAUAAUUAUUAUCUCUCCGCUCUGACAAUCCCCUCCUCCAUCAGUGUAAGCCCAUAUUCUCCAUCUUUGGCCAGACCUACCAUGGGUGCUGCAUCCCCAGCAUCAUCGCCACCCGCAACUGCAAACUCUCCACCAUCUUCAACCAAUACAACAUCUGCAUCAGUAAGUCCACCAUCACCUCCACAUUCUAGUCCACCGCCACAAGCUUCUAGUCCUACUCCAACUUCACAUCCGCCCUCCAAGUCUGCAUCAACCGAUCCACCAGAUAAUUCAGCACCGCCUCCAAAGGCUUCUCCUAAUUCACCACCUCCACCUCCACUUCCGUCAUCUAAAUCCCCUGGAAGUCCACCUCCAUCCUCCCCUCAGCCGCUGAAUAAUGCUCCACCUCCGCCUGCUAAAAUGUCCCCAGAAAGCUCCUCUCCACCACCACCUAAGUCCCCAGGAAGCUCCCCUCCACCACCAACAUUUGUGCCUCCCCCUAACUCGGCCGCAACUCCACCCCCUUCACUUUCUCCGCCACCAUCUUCAAAUUCAGCUCCAACAUCACCAUCUCCACCAUCUUCAGAUUCUCCUCCAGCAUCACCAGCACCACCUGGGGUACCAUCUCCUCCCUCUAUUGUGUCAGCACCAUCCAAAACAACUCCUUCACCAGGUACUCCAAGCACCCAAAAUUCCAUUGGUGAUGCAUCACAAAAUUCAGAACCCACAGAUGGUGGACACAUUACUACUGGAGGCACAGUGGCAAUUAGCUUUGUGCUUGGCCUCAUGCUCCUUGGUGUCUUAGGAUGUGUAGCAUUCUGUUUCUGGAAGCGAAAGAGGAAAGAUACACGACAUAAUGGUGGUUACAUAGUGCCAACCCCUGUUGGUUAUUCUCAAGAGUCAGACUCUGCCUUACUGAAGGUGCAAAUGGGAGCAACCGCACCUAGAAAUGGAAGCUCUGGCAAGGGUAUGGGCCAUUCACCCGGCGACCCUGGUGGAUUCAGCAGUUCUAAGUCAUGUUUCACCUAUGAAGAACUAGUUGAGGCCACUAAUGGAUUUUCUUCCCAGAAUCUCUUGGGUGAAGGUGGAUUUGGGUACGUGUACAAAGGAAUCCUUGCAGAUGGUAGAGAUGUAGCAGUUAAGCAGUUAAAGAUUGGUGGAGGACAGGGGGAGCGGGAAUUCAGAUCUGAAGUCGAGAUAAUAAGUCGUAUACACCAUCGUCAUUUGGUAGCACUUGUCGGUUAUUGCAUUUACGAAAGUAGGCUGCUUGUGUAUGACUAUGUCCCUAAUAAUAACCUUUACUUUCAUCUUCAUGCUGAAGAUAGGCCUCUUUUGGAUUGGACUACACGCAUAAAGAUUGCCGUUGGUGCGGCUCGUGGAAUCGCUUACCUUCAUGAAGAUUGCCACCCUCGUAUUAUCCACAGAGAUAUCAAGUCAUCAAAUAUCCUUUUAGAUAACAACUUUGAAGCGCGGGUGUCUGAUUUUGGACUUGCUAAAUUAGCUAUGGAUGUAAAUACACAUGUUACGACACGCGUAAUAGGAACUUUUGGAUACAUGGCUCCUGAAUAUGCAUCCAGUGGCAAGUUGACUGAAAAGUCUGAUGUAUUUUCCUAUGGAGUUGUGCUCUUGGAGUUAAUUACUGGACGCAAGCCUAUAGACUCAUCUCAACCCCAAGGGGAGGAGAGCCUUGUUGAGUGGGCUCGACCUUUGCUAAAACAUGCUCUCAAGAGACAGCAAUUUGGGGGGUUGGCAGAUCCAAGGCUUCAAGGACAGUAUGCUGAUGCUGAGAUGUUCCGGAUGGUUGAAGCCGCAGCAGCGUCUGUGCGCCGUUCAUCUGUAAAGAGACCCAAGAUGGGACAGAUUGUGAGGGCUUUAGAAAGCAUGGUUACCUCGGAUUUAAUAAACGGGAUGAACAUUGGGGAAAGUGAAAUGUUCAGCCUUGGAGAACAGUCGGCAGAAAUUAGAUGGUUUAGGAGGAUGGCAUUCGGUAGUAGAGAUAAUAGUCCAGGUUUUUACAGUCCAGAUAGCUGGAGUAGCGGGAGCAGUCAUCGUAGCGGGAGCAGUCAUCAGCACAGCAGUUGAACAGAAUAAAGUCCAAUGAAGCUGAAUAUGUCGAUGCGGAUGAGUAGAUUCAACGGCAAUGCAUGUGGGAAGUGUCGUCUCACUCAAUUCUGGGGUAUCUAAUUUUGGAGAUUCGAGUUAGGUGUUAUGGGGGGAGGGUUGGUGAUUGUGUGUCAUGUAUCAUGCGAAGUAUGUGGUUUCUUUUUUUCUUUUUUCGGGGGGAAUAUUUUGGGUGUACAUAGUAGAAAAAUUUUGAUCUUGUGUGGUAGUAGUGUGUAUGUAUUUGAUGAAGUUUGUCCAGUUUUGCUCUCAA